AUGCUGAUCACUGUCAGUCUGGUGAUGUUAUGGUGGUACUCCACCAGGGUGAAAAAUAAAUCACCAAAUACAGUGAAAGAGGAGGACACCAAACAACCACAGAUCACCAGAAAGACAACCAAGAGACAACUGGAGUGGCAUUUCACAGAAGGAUCUGAGACUGCCACUACCUCUGCAGCUGACACUGUCUCUGACACGGACAGUGCACCUGAGACCGCCAUCAUCCCUGAGAUGAACAGUGCACCUGAGACCGCCAUCGUCUCUGAGACGGACAGUUCACCUGAGACCGCCCUCAUCCCUGAGACGGACAGUGCACCUGAGACCGUCAUCGUCCCUGAGGCGGACAAUGAACCUGAGACGGACAGUGCACCUGAGACCGGCAUCAUCCCUGAGAUGGACAGUGCAUCUGAGACCGCCAUCGUCUCUGAGACAGACAGUGCACCUGAGACUGACACUGUCCCUGAGACAGACAGUGCACCUGAGACCGGCAUCAUCCCUGAGACGGACAGUGCACCUGAGACUGACACUGUCCCUGAGACGGACAGUGCACCUGAGACCGGCAUCAUCCCUGAGACGGACAGUGCACCUGAGACCGUCAUCGUCCCUGAGACGGACAGUGCACCUGAGACUGGCAUCAUCCCUGAGAUGGACAGUGCGUCUGAGACCGUCAUCGUCCCUGAGAUGGACAGUGCACCUGAGAACCUCAUCGUCCCUGAGACGGACAGUGCACCUGAGACCGUCAUCAUCCCUGAGACAGACAGUGUACCUCAGACUGUCAUCAUCCCUGAGACUGACACUGUACCUGAGACGGACAGUGCACCUGAGAUGGACAGUGCACCUGAGACUGACACUGUCCCUGAGACGGACAGUGCACCUGAGACUGACACUGUCCCUGAGACGGACAGUGCACCUGAGACUGACACUGUCCCUGAGACGGACAGUGCACCUGAGACUGACACUGUCCCUGAGACGGACAGUGCACCUGAGACUGACACUGUCCCUGAGACGGACAGUGCACCUGAGACUGACACUGUCCCUGAGACGGACAGUGCACCUGAGACUGACACUGUCCCUGAGACGGACAGUGCACCUGAGACUGACACUGUCCCUGAGACGGACAGUGCACCUGAGACUGACACUGUCCCUGAGACGGACAGUGCACCUGAGACCGUCAUCGUCCCUGAGAUGGACAGUGCACCUGAGAACCUCAUCGUCCCUGAGAUGGACAGUGUGUCUGAGACCGUCAUCGUCCCUGAGAUGGACAGUGCACCUGAGAAACUCAUCGUCCCUGAAACGGACAGUGCACUUGAGACCGUCAUCGUCCCUGAGAGGGACAGAGUGCCUGAGACCGUCUUCAUCCCUGAGACUGACACUGUCUCUGAAACCGACAUUGUCCUUGAGACUGAAACUGCCUCAGAGAUAACACUGCCCUUGAGACUGACACUGCUUCUGAGACUUUCACUGUCUAUCAGUCUCAAACAGGCUCUGAGCCAGAAACUCUCUCUGAGACUGGCCCUGCGUCUGAGAAUGACACUUCCACUGAAACUGACACUUACACCUCAGACUGACACUGCCUCGAAGACAACACUGCCUCUUAACGUCCAGUGCUUUGGAGCCUACCACUGCUUCUGA